UCCACGGCUUCCCUUCCACUUGGCCUGGAAACGCCAAAUCUAGCCUUCGUUGCGGUGCCCCACGCUCCGGCGCUCCAAGGCAGGAGGAGGGGGUCCGCCCUGGGGUUCCCCCAUCACGCCUCCGGCAGCCCCAUGAGGACCCCCAGGCCGAGAUCGAGAGCCCGGAGCAGCCAGGACGGGAGCCUAGGAGCGGCCUCGGAGCGGUAGACAGGAUGCGGCUGGGCCGCCGAGCCCUGUGUGCGUGUGUCCUGCUAUUCGCCUGCGCCUCGCUGGGGCUCCUGUACGCCAGCACCCGAGACGCGCCAGGCCUCCGCGUCCCCUUGGCGCAGUGGGCACCCCUGCAGGGCCCUCUCCAGCCGGAGCUGCGGCCCCUGGACCCAGAGCCCAGAUACGCGCACAUCCCCGUUCGGAUCAAGGAGCGAGUCGUGGGGCUCCUGUCCCGAAACAGCUGCUCUUGUGAGUCCAGUGGGGGGAGCCUUCUCCCCUUCCUUCAUAGGGUCCAUGCCACUGAUCUCACCAAGGCCUUUGACCCCAAGGAGCUGCCCGCUGCUGCCGCCCACCGGGAGCAAGAGUUCCAGGCUUUCCUUUCAAGGAGCCAGUCUGCUGCUGACCAGCUGCUGAUAGCCCCUGCCAACUCCCCACUCCAGUACCCCGUUCAGGGAGUGGAAGUGCAGCCCCUCAGGAGCAUCUUGGUACCAGGACUGAGCCUGCAAGCAGCUUCUGGCCAGGACAUUUACCAGGCGAACCUGUCUGCCACCUUGGGCACCUGGGAUGUGGCCGGGGAAGUGGCUGGAGUGACACUCACUGGCGAGGGGUUACCAAACCUCACCCUCACCAGCUCCGGCCUGGACCAACUCAAUCGACAGUUGCAACUGGUCGUUUACAGCAGCCAAAACUACCAGGCAAACACAGCAGAUACAGUCCGGUUCUCCACCGUGGGCCAUCAGGCAGCUUUCACCAUCCGAAUAAGACAUCCCCCCAACCCUCGGCUCUACCCACCGGGCUCUCUCCUGGAAGGAGCCCAGUACAACAUCAGCGCUCUGGUCACCAUCGCCACCAAAACCUUCCUUCGUUACAACCGGCUCCGGGCUCUGAUCGCCAGUAUACGCCGCUUCUAUCCAACGGUCACCGUGAUCAUCGCGGACGACAGCGACAAGCCGGAGAGCAUCAGCGGCCCCUACAUCGAGCACUAUCUCAUGCCUUUCGGCAAGGGCUGGUUCGCAGGCAGGAACCUAGCCGUGUCCCAAGUGACCACCAAGUACGUGCUUUGGGUGGACGAUGACUUUGUUUUCACGGCGCGCACACGCUUGGAGAGGCUGGUGGAUGUGCUGGAGAGGACGACCUUGGACCUGGUUGGGGGCGCGGUGCGCGAGAUUUCGGGCUUCGCCACCACCUACCGGCAGAUGCUCAGCUUGGAGGCCGGCGCGCCUGGCGGGGGGAACUGCUUUCGGCAGAAGCGGGGCUACCACCACGAGCUCGACGGCUUUCCCGGCUGCGUGGUCACCGACGGCGUCAUCAACUUCUUUCUAGCGCGCACCGACAAGGUGCGGGAAGUGGGCUUCGACCCGCGUCUCAAACGCGUUGCACAUCUGGAGUUCUUUCUGGAUGGACUGGGCUCCCUUCGAGUAGGCUCCUGCUCUGACGUGGUUGUGGAUCAUGCCUCCAAGGUGAAGCUGCCUUGGGCCUCAAAGGACGCCGGGGCGAAUACUUAUGCCCAGUACCGAUACCCGGGAUCGCUGGAUGAAAGCCAGUUGGCCAGACACCGUCUGCUCUUCUACAAGCACCGGCUGCAGUGCAUAACUGCUGAGUGACAGAGUGGGGCCGCUCAAACCUGGCAGCUGUCAGGCUGGACCUGUCUCUUUGUCUCUGCCAGAGCUCCACCACUCACUGACAACUCAACUGACUGGCCCCGAGCCCUGAGUGCCACCUCCCACCCCGUCCCUUCAGCUCCCAAAAAAAAGGGGGCUUGUGCUGGUGACAACCCCCUUCCUGUGAGUGCCAGGGCCAGGACGGAGCCAUAACGCCCACAGCCAGUGCCAAGUUCUCCCCCAACCCCUUUCUCAUGGGGCUGGAAGUUGGGGGUCACUCUCCCAAGUGCCAAAAAGCCCAGGGGACUCUUAAGAACUUAAAGUGGAAACAUUCACCUCUCGACUCCUUGGGACUGAGGGAGUGGGGAGCCCCAAAAAUGUGUUCCCUGGGAUGUACCCCAUGUCUGGAUCCAGGACUCUACACCGGUUCCAGCCCUGCCCCUGCAGAGAGAACUGGGAGUUGGAGAGCUGGACUGGGUGGGAGCUGGUGAACACAGGCGAAAGCCA